GACGCAUCUGGAGAUGGAAGCCAUGACCUUUGCUCCCGUGGUCUUUCUGCUUUGUUCAAGGAGAUGGCAAAUAAUCCAGAAUACAACAAUGUUGAGUGGAUGCAGAGGAGACGCCAGAGCCUCGAGGAAAUACUCCAGUUGCUGUUAAAUCACAUCCCAGAGAUGGAGGAAGUAGCUCGCCUGGUUUAUAAAUGUGCGGGACACGUAUGUCCAGUAGCUAUGAAGAUGCUGCUAGAGAAAUGCACAUCUCACAAUGUUGAUGUCCACAACUUAAAGGACUGUCUCCAGGUAGCAUGCGAGGCCGGAGGUGGCGAGUGUGUACGCAUCAUCUUGGAACAUCUGACCGUUACAGAGGGCACGUAUGACAACAUUGCAGACUGCAUAUGCCUAUCUGCACAAUCAGUCACAGACAGCUGCCUAAAAAUUCAGUUGUUGAUGCACUUUAUUGAUACGUUUUGUGCGAACAUUGGAAAUGUUCCAUCACACAGCCAAACACUGAACAGGAUAUUUGACAUAUUUACACCACUGACCAAAGCGUCCGAACACGGUAACCUCGACACUGUGAAGAUGCUGAUACAGAAAGGAGCUGAUAUCAAUCUGGAAGAUGGUAGAGGUUCUACACCUCUUCAUACUGCUGUGGGUUGGGACAAUUUAGCCUGUGUUACAGCUCUUCUUGAAGCUGGAGCCCUUGUGAACAAACGUGUACCAGGUUCGCAGCCUGUGUUAUUUGCUGCAAACAGGCUUGACAUGGUUCAGAAGCUGGUAGCUGCUAAAUGUGACAUUAAUGCAACGGAUGAAGAUGGAAGAUCAGCCCUACACACAGUGGCCGGAUUUAACAACUUUGAUGUUCUUAAAUUUUUAUGCAACAAAGGAUGCAAUGUUGAUCAGAAGGAUGAGUACGGCCUCACAGCGUAUCACGUGGCAGCAGAGUAUGGGGAUCUGGAUAUACUGAAAUAUCUGCAUAAAAUGCAUGCUAAGCCGACAGUUGAUGUUGACGGAUUGUCAGUGCUUCACUACGCUUGCUGUUCCGUCAAUGAAACAAUGGAAAAGGUGCAGUUCCUGGUGGACACUGUGAAGGUGCCACUUGAUACAAGAGAUGAGGAUGGAAGAACAGCGCUGUAUCCAGCAGUGCAGACAGCAGGGUUGGAAGUGGUGGAGUUCCUGGUAGAAAGGGGGCUGAGUAUAAGGGACAGGGACAAGGAUGGCAACACAUAUCUACAUGCGGUAUUUCUAAGGUAUGAAAAGUCCACCCAUGAUGAACUGGUGACGUUCCUGUUCAAGGCCAACUUGGAUCCAGACUUGUACAACACACGUGAUGGAAGAACACCACUGCAUCUGGCAUUAGAUUCAGGACUGUGGUAUUUCUUUGAAGACCAUUUGGUGACUUUGAUUGACAGAACUUCCAAUAUCAAUCACAAAGAUUCUGAAGGAAGGACGCCUCUUCAUAUGGCAGCAUACCGUGACGCCAGUUGGGUUGUGAAGCGACUCCUUGACAAAGGAGCUGACAGAGAGAUAAAGGAUUCAGAAGGAUGUAAAGCUAUUGAUUUGGUGCCUGAAGAUGGAAGUGGCGAGACGAUGAAGGCUCUUUUGUCCACAUCUGAGUUACCUGCUCGUGAAAUUGUAUAUCUCAGGCAGGGUCUGUCAACGGAAGACUAGGGGCGGUGGUGUAGCCUUUUGUGUCCUGAAAUACCGACUCCUGAAAUUAUACACAGCAAACAGGGUGCGUCUCCAGAAGUUACAGCAAGCUACGGUUAUAACGAACCCAAGUGAUCACGUAUUCUAGUUCGAUAUAACCGUAGUUUCUUGUACGCAGUUCCCCGGUUGUUGUAGCCGUACUGCACUGUACUUUGAAAAGCAUCAAAGAGAUUCACACUAGUGCAACGCUACAAAAUGGGGACAGAAAGAUAUAUCAUCAGACUUUUGUCAAUUCAGCCAGUGAACAUUUGACAUUUGUAGCUUGAAAACAGAAAUGAAAUGUUAACUUUCAUUAAGGGACAAGCAUACGCAAGCAAUGUAUUCAUAACUUCUUUCUAAUAGUGAUGCUAGUUUCAAGUGCACGAUACACAUUCGAAAAUGGACCUACUGAUCCAAGUCGAAAUCGACUAAAACGAACCGAGUGUAGAUUAAACAUUGCCAAAGCAUUUUCUAUGCACUCGUACACGUGUCCUCACCUCCCAGAGAGAACAGCCAGGAACAUACUUGUUCAGUCGUAUCCUGGUGUCUCGAACAAUGUGGGACCGGGUUGUAGCUUCGAGAUAUCCUGGCGUUCGAGAUAACGAGACCUGAACAGCUUCCUUCCCCGAAGCUACUCCUCGGU